AUUACGUCCCAGAGUCUAAAGGAACGAAUAGGCACAGAAUUCAAAGCAUUCUUCAGGCUGAUUUUGUAAGGGGUGCAUUUAGGAUCUAGGCAAGCUGAUUUAUGAUAACUGCUUUAAACUCCAAAAACCAAAGGUGUAGGAAUUAGAAGCUGCUGACAUUUCACUAUGAAGGACAACUUCACCCUUGCCGCCAUCAACAGAAACAUUACCGGCAGUCUUCAUCUGGGACUCAUGAACUUCUUUGGCAACAAUGAGUCUGCCUUGAACUGCUCAUAUAAGCCAUCAGAUAAGCAGUUAGAUGCAAUUCGCAUUCUCUACUACUUUAUUUUUGUGAUUGGAUCUCUUGUCAAUGCUGUUGUGGUUACACUGUUUUGUUGUCAAAAGGGUCCUAAAAAGGUUUCCAGCAUUUACAUCUUCAAUCUGGCCGUGGCUGACUUACUCCUUGUGGCUACUCUUCCUCUUUGGGCAACCUAUUAUUCUCACAGAUACGACUGGCUCUUUGGACCUGUGAUGUGCAAAGUGUUUGGGUCUUUUCUGACCCUGAACAUGUUUGCAAGCAUUUUUUUUAUCACUUGCAUGAGUGUUGAUAGGUACCAAUCAGUCAUCUACCCCUUUCUGUCUCAAAGAAGAAAUCCCUGGCAAGCAUCUUAUAUAGUUCCCCUUGUGUGGUGUAUGGCCUGUUUGUCCUCGUUGCCAACUUUUUAUUUCCGAGAUGUCAGAACCAUUGACUACUUAGGAGUGAAUGCUUGCAUUAUGGCUUUCCCUCCUGAGAAAUAUGCCCAGUGGUCGGUUGGGAUAGCCCUAAUGAAAAAUAUCCUUGGUUUUAUUAUCCCUUUAAUAUUCAUAGCAACAUGCUAUUUUGGAAUCAGAAAACACUUACUGAAGACCAAUAGCUAUGGGAAGAACAGAGUAACCCGUGACCAAGUCUUAAAGAUGGCAGCUGCUGUUGUUCUGGCGUUCAUCAUUUGCUGGCUCCCCUUCCAUGUUCUGACCUUCCUGGAUGCUCUGACCUGGAUGGGUGUCAUUAAUAGCUGUGAAGUUACAGCAGUCAUUGACCUGGCACUUCCUUUUGCCAUCCUCCUGGGAUUCACCAACAGCUGCGUUAAUCCCUUUCUGUAUUGUUUUGUUGGAAACCGGUUCCAACAGAAGCUCCGCAGUGUGUUUAGGGUUCCAAUUACUUGGCUCCAAGGCAAGAGAGAGAGUAUGUCUUGCCGGAAAAGCAGCUCUCUCAGAGAAAUGGAAACCUUUGUGUCCUAAACGAGAGAGCAGAAUGCAUGUAAUGGACAGGGCUACUUGGUUUGAGGCCCAUCUGGAUUAUCUUUAAAUGGUGUUGGUAAAAUAAUAUGUUUUCUGGCCUUCCUUUAUCUUUUCUCACUCUUCUGGAACAGGAAACCAAAUGUAACUGUAAGUGUUAUCUUCUGGUGACUUUCAGGAAUCGCCCAUUGUUUUGUUGGUAUAUCAGUCUAGGCUUAUCUUUGGAGAGACAUAUCUAUAACUGACAAGCAACUGGUGAUCUAUCUCAAAUUAUAAGUAAUGAGAAAUUAUGAAUGAUGAUUUGGGGUUUCAGAUUUCUCCUUGAAAAAUUCUGGUAUUUCCUAGUGGUAUUUUAUAUCUGUUUUCAUCAGGCUUUCCUUUUGAACCAGGGGCAGUCUUAACUUGUUGCAUUAUUUACAAGAUUACAUAGUAAGAGAGAUGAACACUUCUAAAUUGAGUAUAUUAUAAUAGAUUAGGGGAUUGAAUUAUUCAAGCUCUAAGCAUAAGCUUUCUACUUUUUAAACAUGAUAAACUACUAAUUUUACAUUGUAGUUGAGCAUAAUUUUUAGUUAAGAUACAGCUACAUAUUUACUAGUGCUAGGAAAAUAGAUUAAAUUACACCUACUCCAACAUUUUAGCUUAUUUUUUGCAGUUAUAAGAGUAAAACAUAUAUUAACAGAAUUGCAAUAGUCAAAUAUUUGAGUACUCAGUUAAACUUUGAAGAAAUACGUCUUUAAAACUUUCUGUUCAUGUAAACUGUUGUGUAAGGAUUUCUGUUUUCUCUGAUUUUUUUAAAAACAGUGACUAAACACAGUGCAUUGUUAUAAAAUGUAAAGGUCAAUUUUUAUAUCCUUGACCUUUUGGAUGUGGUACUUUGAUAUAUAGUAUGUUGACUUGAUUUUUAUUAUUGAUGUUUUGCUUUUGGGUCACUUCCCAAAAUAUCUGGAUGGCUUCUUUAACUCUUUAGCUUGUAGUGAACCCUUAAUCAGCAUAGAAGAAGAUUGUACCAGGAUGGAAUUUGGAUACCCAGGGGGCAUAGAGAGAUCCAGCAAAUGGCAAGUUGUUGUUAAGCAAGGAACCUGUACUGGCAGUGCAAAGUGGCUUUUAAUACAUAGACCAUAGGGAUAGUUGUGGCCUACAUGUACUGAUGCUGCUUGUUCCAGAAUCUAUAGGACUCUGUGGGGCUAUUUUAAGCCAAUUGCUGUCCUUAGAUCUUGUCAACACUACUAGAACUCCUAAGUUAGAGGAGUACCUGAAACUGCCUGAGUUACCUAAAUGUUGCUUGUAUUAGAAUAUGAGUCCUAAUUUUAAAUGUCUGAGAUUCUGUUCUGUACCAGUCCUGUAUUAUGCCAGAUUCACCAGGAGUUUCCUAGACUAACGCUGACUUAGAGGUUACAACUGAAGGUUUAGUAUCUUUGCCAGGUUCCAGGGCCAUAGGGCAACUACUCCUCUCACACCACUUUCUGGCAGAGUCCUCAUUUUGUGUAAUCAUAUUAUUUUCAAUAAAAACAAAUAGCUAAAUGU